GAGAACUCAAACCCAAGAAUCAUGAUCUGCUAAGGCAACCAACAACAGUGCAAAGAGAAGCAAGGGAUUGUAUGGUCGACGAUGCAAAAUACUACCAGCACCCCCAGUCUUCAUCGGUGGCGCCGUAAGCCUCCUAAACAUCUGCCAUCACCGACGCAAAACAAAAGAUCCCAGUACGCGAUGGGCCAUGCUUCGAGAUACGUGAGGGGUGCAGCUGCUCUACGCUCCGCAAAGCCAGUCAAAGAAGCAGCGCGAAUGAGGGAUAUGCAGUACAGACUGCUAGGUGCCCGCGUACGGAGAUGGGAGAUGCGAUACGCACGGCUAAAGGAGAGCAGGACGGAGGGGGAAUGGGUCACCAUGGGAGAAUUGGAAAUAUCGUCCAGGGCACAAGAGACAAUGGAAGAAGUCAAGAGGCAUCAAAUGGCGGGGUCCACGCCUACGCGGAUUUACGACACACGCUCGAAUGAAGUCAGGCCUCCGGUAGGAAGAGAAAGGUACAUAGCGGUGUCCUACGUGUGGAAACAGUACAGCAGGGUCGAAGACAUAGUGGAAGAGAUACGACCCGUAAUCGAGACGACGCAGAUCAGCAGCCUGUGGAUAGACAGGGUGUGUAUCAAUCAGAAUGAUGCGCAGGAGAGGGCUAGCGAAAUACCGAAGAUGGACGCGUACUACUCAGGAGCGAACCUGGUGGUGGCUCUCGUGCCAGAGGUCAAGGUGCACGGCGGGAUAUUCUCCGUGCCAGAACCUGCGAGAGGGUUAGGAAUAGGGGAUCACCUCGUACGCCUCGACGUCGAGCUCAAAUCGAGUACGUGGAUGCACAGAGUGUGGACCUUCCAGGAAGCUACCCUGGCAACAAGGCUACUGCUGGUGGCCGAGACAGCGAUCAUAGACGAUGCGGACUACGGCCUGGUCAGCGCCGUGCACGAACACCUCAGAUCCAGCUGGUGCCGGACCAACUGCAUCGAGUGGACGCCGUGGAGUCGCUACAGACCGGCAUUCUGCCACGACAAGAAAUGCGGAGGCUCACGUAUACUCCCGCCCGCUACGAAGCUCAGAUUGGGCGGCGCAAAAUGGAGCGUGCCCGAACUCCCGGAAUUAUGGGCCAACGCCGGACCGCGGGGCUGUCUGCACCCGGAGGAUCACGUCUACGGCUACCUCGGACUGCUGCACCUGCCGCCGAACAUGCCGGUGGUGUACGGGGUGGGCUUCGAGAAUCUGAUGCAGGGCAUAUUCAGAUAUUUCAGGCGGAUAAGCAAGUCAGCGGAUGCUGCUGGAUGCCCGGCAUGUUCGACGCGAGCCACACCGUGCACGUAGGAGACGCCCGGCGCAGGGUCGAGGUGCCGUGGGCUCGAAUCACCUCUGCCGGUGUCUUGAAAACCCGCGCCACCCUCGGCAGAGUAGAGGUCGCGAGGGAUAGCAUGCCGCUUCCACAUGCCCUCCUCAGCACGUUGGAAACUUCGAGCCAAGGGCCGUUCAUAGACGGGUGUUGGAUCGAGGAACAUGGUCGAAAAGAGGUCUUGGUAUCGAAUUGCACGGCAGAG